AUGCAUCGAUCUCUCUCUCUCUCUCUCUGUAUAUAUAUAUAUAUAUAUAUAUAUAUAUAUAUAUAUAUAUAUAUAUAUAUAUAUAUAUAUAUAUAUAUAUCUAUUUAUCUGCAAUAUAUCCAUAUCUGUAUCUAUCUAUCUAUCUAUCUAUCUAUCUAUCUAUCUAUCUAUCUAUCUAUCUAUCUACAAUAUAUCCAUAUCUAUCUAUCUAUCUAUCUAUCUAUCUAUCUAUCUGACUUAGGACAUCUAUCUAUCUAUCUAUCUAUCUAUCUAUCUAUCUAUCUAUCUAUCUAUCUCUCUCUCUCUCUCUAUAUAUAUAUAUAUUUAGUACAUUUUGAAACCACAUUAUUUCUAUCUAUCUAUCUAUCUAUCUAUCUAUCUAUCUAUCUAUGCGUGUAUGUGUACGUAUGUGUGAAUGCAGAAAAACGGUUUCCAAAAGUGUAUUCCCUUUCUUGUUUUAAUAAAACGAAAGUUGGGAUUAAGGUUAACAAGGUUCCUUUAUAG